CCGGACGUACUUUUUCAGUGUUGCUGAUGAGACAGCGAUCUGAUGUCGUCUACGGUGGAUUAGUUAUAAAAAUCUUUGAUCUAACGUAACCGAACACUGUCAACUUUCGUCAAGCUGGGCUUGUAUUGCGCUGAAAUCGUCGACAACGGUAUGCGUAAUGUCUGUGGCCGAGAUGGCAGUGACUGUGCAGACUUAUUGGAGCAAAUAGGUGUUAUCCAACAAGAACAAGACUUGUCAACAACUGACGUCAGCUAGCGAGCUAACGUUAUAGCUGCAGUGCAGUCUCUUGGACCGGAUUGCCCUAACGUUACCCCUGCACACUUUUUAAUUGAAAGAAAGGACUCUUGAGGUCAAAAGAUGUUUUUGGUGGGGUUGACGGGAGGAAUCGCCUCAGGGAAGAGCACUGUGUCCUCUCUGCUGCGAGAGCUUGGCUGCCCCAUUAUCGAUGCCGAUGUGGUGGCUAGAAAAGUGGUGGAGCCCCACAGUCCGGCCUACUGCCGGAUCGUGAAGCACUUUGGCCCCGAGAUCCUGCUGGAAAAUGGGGAGAUCGACCGGCAGAAGCUGGGUCAGCUCAUCUUCGCCAGCGAGGACAAGCGGCGCCUGCUUAACUCCAUCACCCACCCAGAGAUCCACAAGGCCAUGCUCAAACAGAUCUUAUUUUUCUUCCUCCGAGGUUAUCGCUACGUGGUGCUAGACGUGCCCCUGCUCUUCGAGACGAGGCGUCUCACCCGCUUCCUUAACCACACUGUGGUGGUGUACUGUGACCCGGCCACCCAGCUGUCGCGCCUCAUGAACCGGGACGGGCUGACCCAGGAGCAGGCGGAGCAGCGUGUGGCCGCCCAGAUGCCCCUAAAUGAGAAGCGGGGAUUGGCCAGUCACGUGGUGGAGAACUCGGGCAGCCGCGAGGACACCCAGCGCCAGGUGCUGCGGCUGCACACCAAGCUCGAGGACUCUAUGGAGUUCCUGCUGGCCAGGGCCAUCGCCAUAGCGACCGCAGCCGGCCUGGGCGGACUACUUCUAUACGCCGCCAAAUUGCUGGCGUCUUAGCGAAUGGAGUGAGAGUUUGACGGGAGUCGCCCUCCUAUGGCAAUGCAGUGUUGAAUUGUGAUUGAGACUGCGGCACUUUGAACUUAAGCCAUAGCAUGUAACCGACCACUGGGCCCAGCACGUGUGGUGAGAGGUCCAAUAGUCGGUUAUGUGUUAUGGCUUGAGUUGAAAGUUCGCAAGCAGUUUGUACUUAGAAAGUGGUCAAGUAACGUGAGAUGUUUUCUUGUGUAAAUUCCUUAUUGCUCUUUGAAUGCUACAGGAAACAGUGAACACCUAGGUUUCCUUGGUUUGCAUUUUGAAAGCCAAGAAGUUAUUUGGGAAAAUAUUUUUGGAGUCACUAGACUGCUUUUUUUUAAAGCAAAUAUAUUUUCUGUAUGAGAUAUCUGGACAGAAUAGUUCAGCAUGGGCUGAGAAGCAAUGCUGGUGAUGUAAGAAUGUUUUUAGCUCAUUGUGCCUAUUUGUUUUACAUGUUAAAGGGAUAGUUCACUGAAAUUGCAUAUUUACCUUUCGUGAGUGGUCUAUGGACCUGGAGAGUCAGCGACCGAAGAUUUUUAUUUCUUAAAAUGAAAUGUUAUUGUUUGCGUACACAGUUUAACAAGUGCUAUAUAGUGGGUGCAGCGAUAUGCUUAUGUUCCUAUCGAUCGGUGGAGUAAAUUUCAACAAGCACACAAUAAUCGCAAAUUUAUUUUUUAAAUGUUUUAUGUAGUACAGCAAUGGAUGUAUAAAUAGUAUGUAAAUAUUAUUAAAGUGACCAGUGGUCAUUGACUAUGUAGUAGUCCCUAAGGUGCAGGCUAGAGUACCCGGUGGCCAGCUAGUGAUAGUGACUGAGGGGCAGAGUAGGGUAGUGGGCAGAUAGCACAGUACUGGGUGGAGGCCAUCUAGUGGUGGCUAUUUAACACUCUGAUGGCCUGGGAAUAUAAGCUCUUUAUCAGUCUCUCGGUCCCAGCUUUGAUGUACUGUCUCUGUCUUCUAGAUGGUAGCGGGGUGAACAGUCCGUGGCUCGGGUGGCUGAGGUCCUUGAUGAUAAUGUUGGCCUUCCUGUGACACCGGGUGCUGUAGAUAUCCUGGAGGGCAGGCAGUGUGCCCCCGAUGGUGCGUUGGGCUGACCGUACCACCCCUAGAGUGCCCUGCUGUUAUCGACGGUACAAUUGCCGUACCAGGCGGUUAUACUGCCUGACAGGAUGCUGUCAAGGGUGCAUCUGUUGAUGUUUGUAAGGGACUUAGGGGUUGAAGAGGUGUUGUUGCGCCUUCUUCACCACAUUGUUGGUGUGAAGGGAUCAUUUCAGGUCUCUGUCAAUUUGGAUGGGGGUGUCCUCUCUCUGCUGUCUCCUGUAGUUCACGAUCAGCUUUUGUUGACGUUGAGGAAGAGGUAUGGUCAGAUUUCCGAAGUGAGGUUAGGGCCUUGUAGCCAUCCCGGAAGGGAGAGUAGCAAUGAACAAGAAUUUUCGCACCAUGAGUAGCAAAGAUGUUGAUAGCAUUUUGGUAGUGUUUUCCUCAGAUUUCCUUUAUUAACGUCCCCAGCUACAAUAAAUGUGCCUUCAGGAUAUGCGGUUUCUUGAGUGCCGUCGCAGUGUCUGCUUGUGAGGAAAUGUACAUGGCAGUGACUAUUACCGAAGACAAUUGUCUUGGGAGGUAAUGUGGUCGGCAUUUGAAGGAGGUAUUCCAGAUCGGGAGAACCAAAGGACUUGAGUUCCUGUACGUUACCCAAUAACACCAUGAGUUGUUUGUCAUGAAACAUGCUCCUUACCUUUGUUUUUCCCGGAUAGUUCUUUGUUCCUGACCACACAAUGAACGUAGGACCACGCUGGUUCUAUGGACGGGGACAAUUUAUGGUGAGUGACCACCAAUCUAAUAUCCAAAAGUGAUUUUCGCCUGUAGGUAAUAGAGAAAAUAAUGUAAGAAAUAAUACAAAAAAACUAAAAUACUGCAAAGUUGUCUAGGAGCUAGAAGCAGGGCAACUAUGUCUGUUGGCGCGAUCUUUAAAGUUGUUUACUUAGUGUUAACGGUGUUGGAUACUGUUAGAUUCUGCAGUAAACUUGGAACAUCGUUAUACUCAGAAGUAUAGUAUCUAAGGAGUGAAAGAGACUGGUUUUUACAUCAGAAGUUAAUGGUUAUCUGUAGGAGCCAGAUGGCUUUGGAAUGUAUUGGAUGGAUGGGAAGAAGUCACAGGAGUGCUACAGGGGAUACGGAUGGACAUCUGUGGAUUAGGCAAAUGAGGGGUUGAGGUAAGGUCAGAUCCCCUUAAGGGAGAAAUGAUGGUUUAUUACCCUAUUACUUAGUCUUCCUGUUGAACCAUAAAGUAUGUAAGGAUUUGAGAGAAGGAGGAGUGCCUAAAUUGGAGUUUAUAUACUUGUGGUGGUGGAAACAUGUUUUGUCUGAAUGCAGCUGUAUUGACCCUCUGGGCUUUCAUAAUGUGUGUUUUUACUCUGAGAAUUAGAACCUAACAACACAAAGCAAUGGGAAUGGUAGGGAAUUGGAAUGAAGUGACUGAGUUGAUUUGGGAAUGCUUCGAUCAUGCUACCAUGGCUCCUAUAAGUCUUAUUAUUUUGCGCGCAACAAUGCUAAUGCUAAUAUCUGAGAAAGUAAACUCCCAGGUUCCAUAGAUUACUUCCUGUUUAUCAAUAAAAUUAGGUACAUUUGUGAUUUAGGAUAAAUAUAAUUUUAAGGAUGGGGUAACUAUGUAAUAUGGAUAAAGUAAUCAGCUUUUAAAAUAUUUGAUUGACUCUGUGAUGACGCUAGAAUGAAGACAUAGGUGAUGUAUUCGACAAUCCACUUUUCAAACUAAAGAGUUUUCUAAGCGGUCGAAGGAAUGAAGAUGAAGACUUCCUUGAUGCCACUGUGUCUUUUCUAACCACUUGAAGCUACAGUAUCUUCUGUACUUUUUCAGUCAACUCUAGUUUUUAUUUUUAUUUUUUACAUCCGCACACAUGAGGAACUAAAAGAUUUGAUCUGUUUUAUCAGCUGCUGUAAAAAAAAAAAAAGUCAAAGAAGAAUGUCAAUGAUCUCUUAUCCAUGUCUGAAAAUAAACAGAACUAUAUUACUACAA